AGUGGGUUACAGUUAAGCAGUGCUAUCUCUUUGAAGGAUGAAACUACUUUUAAUAUUUUUCACACUAUCAAGCAUUAAGAACAUCAGUGCUCAGAUCCAGCAUGUAGAUUUAAGUUUAAGUGGAUGCUCAAGUGGAUCAGCUAAAGAGUAUGUGGCCGAACUUGAUGGAGAAGAAAUAUUGCACACAGAUUUUAAAAGGCAAAUUCUGGUGAAUAAAUUGCCUGAUUUUGCAGAACCUUUUGAGAGAACUUGUGCUUAUAAACAUAGCGUUUUAGAGCAAAAGAUCUGCAAACUCAACCUUGAUCUAGCAGUGAAAGUCUACAAAAACCCUUCAGAAGCUCUGGACAUCCCCCAAAACUCAAUCUAUUCCAAAAGCAAUGUGGAGCUUGGAACACAGAACACACUCGUCUGUCAUUCAGGAAGUUUUUUCCCUCCUCCUGUUCGCAUCACCUGGACCAGAAAUGGUGUAAAUGUGACAGAUGAAUCCACACUCAGUCAGUUCUAUCCGAAUAAAGACAACACCUACAACCAGUUCUCCCACCUGCACUUCACUCCAAAGGAAGGAGACGUUUACACCUGCACGGUGGAGCACAAGGCCCUGGAGACACCCGACACCAAGACAUGGGAGGUGGAUGUUGAGCUUCCCAGUGUGGGUCCGGCUGUGUUUUGUGGAGUGGGUCUGGCUGUAGGACUGCUCGGCGUCGUGACUGGAACUUUCUUCCUCAUUAAAGGAAACAGAUGCAACUGACAUUAAAACUCAAAAUACAAAAAAUACACUCUCACAGUAUCAAAUCACAGAUUCAUUUAUUUGCUUAAGUGAUUGCCCCUUAUUCUUUAAGUUAUUAUGAAUUAUGUUCGUUUUAUUUUUGGUCCUUUCUUAAAUGAAGACACAGAAUAUCUUAAUCUUUGUGCCGAACUGUGGGAGGCACUUUAUUAUUUCUAGUAUUGCUUAAAAUAUAACAAACACUCAGCGCUCUAUUUUUAUUCUCCGUUCACGCUGUGUAACACUAACCACAGUCCUAGUUGCAACAAACACCUUAACAAUAGUUCCUAUUGUUACAAUGUAGUGUAGGCAGUGAAACAAUAAAAAGGUAUUGAUUUCCAAUUACAUACGUUGACUAGUAUUUUACUGCAGACCACUUUAUUAAACUCUUAGUUUGUUUAUCAUGCUGCAUAAAUCAACAAAUGCAUUUAUAAUCUUUAAAUAAAAUAUUGGUUUAUUUCUCACAAAGUUAUUAAAACACAAU